CCCUUCAAAAAUUAACUAUAUGAGACUAUUACUCCAAAGUUUUAUCAGAGUAGGACGAAAAGAGCCAUUUAGAAAGAGCUCACAUUGGGUUCCCUGUAGUCAGGUUUCCGGUAUGCGCGGCUAUGCAAGUGAAUCAGAUAUUACUGCCUCUGCUAUGGUUUAUUCGAAUUAUGGCCAACCUUCUCAAGUGUUAAAAUGGCAUAGUUACCGUCUACCAGCCUUGACACCAGAUACAGUGCAUGUCAAGUUUCUUGCCUCGCCUAUCAAUCCUGCUGACGUCAAUAUGAUACAAGGCGCUUAUCCUAUUAAGCCUACCUUUCAAGAACUAGGCGACGACAAGGUAGCUGUAGGUGGAAAUGAAGGGUUGGCUGAAGUAAUAGCAGUGGGUGAAAAUGUCAAGACACUUAAAAAAGGAGAUCAAGUGGUGAUGGCAAGUACAGGAUAUGGUACUUGGCGAACACAUGCUGCUGGUUCACCUAACGAUUUCCAGUUGCUGCCUAAAGUCAAUGACGAUAAUAAAAUUUCCUUAAUUCAAAAAGCUACUAUCACUGUAAAUCCGUGCACUGCUUAUAGAAUGCUGAAAGAUUUUGUAGAUUUGAAACCAGGUGACUACGUUAUUCAAAAUGCUGCCAAUAGUGCUGUGGGUCAAGCUGUUAUCCAGAUUGCAAAAGCUUGGAAUUUGCGAACGAUCAAUGUAGUCCGAAAUAGGCUGAAUAUAGAUGAACUUCGACAGAGUUUGACCGAUCUAGGCGCUACUCACGUCGUUACUGAUGAAGAGCUUGGAAAGGCAGAAUCAAAGAAACAAAUCAAGAGCUGGUUUGCGGAAAAGUCUCCACUCUUAGGUUUGAAUUGUGUUGGCGGCAAAGCAGCUACGGAAAUGGCAAGAUAUUUAGGAAAUCACGGUCACUAUGUUACUUACGGUGCUAUGUCUCGUCAACCUCUUUCUCUGCCCGCUUCUUUGCUUAUAUUCAAAGAUGUUCACUUCCAUGGUUUCUGGGUAUCCAAAUGGGCGGAGAAGCAUACCCCCGAAGAGCGAUAUGCUAUGUUUGAGGAUAUCCUGGAAUUGAUGAGUCAAGGUAAAUUACAGGAGCCAAAAUGGAGGAAAGUGAAUUGGGAGGAAGAAACGAUGAAACAAGCAGUAGAUCAAGGUAUAUCCGGCUUUGGUUCUGGAAAACAAAUUAUUCUAUUCUAGAAUAACCUUUAACUAAAAAUGGGUUGUAUGAUUUUCGAGCAUAUCGUAUACAUACACUGUGUGGUAAAAUAAUGAUGAAAGGAAGCAAUGAGGCUUUUAACUAAAUAUUUGAAAUGAUGUGAAACGCCGUGUCAGAUAAGAAGCGAUUUAAACGAAUCUGACGUUAUGACGGCUGGAUCUUGUAUCUAGAUUGUUUUGUUAUAAAGUUGGGCUACUUCUGAAGGAAAAAUCCCCUCAAUUUUAAUCAACCCGCUUCCAGAAUCAUGUAUAUAUUUUGCCGCCAAAAUUUUUUGUAUGCCUAAAAACUGAAUGAUCCUUUUUGAAGUGGAGAUGCUAAUCUACGGCAUUUUGAAACCCCCAUACUACUGUCUGCGUGAAAAAUCACCGUCAUGGGUUGGUUAAGCCAAAAGCC